CCUUCAAGAUAGACCAUGCCUGAUCCAGCAGCUAAACCCGCACCCAAGAAGGGCUCCAAGAAAGCCGCGUCCAAGACUUCGGCCAAGCCCGGCAAGAAAAGGAGAAAGACCAGGAAGGAGAGCUAUUCCAUCUACGUCUACAAGGUUAUGAAGCAGGUCCACCCCGACACCGGGAUCUCUUCCAAGGCGAUGGGCAUCAUGAACUCCUUCGUGAAUGACAUCUUUGAGCGUAUUGCCAGUGAGGCUUCACGUCUGGCUCACUACAACAAGCGCUCCACCAUCACCUCCAGGGAGAUCCAGACCGCCGUCCGCCUGCUGCUGCCCGGCGAGCUGGCCAAGCACGCCGUGUCUGAGGGAACCAAGGCUGUGACCAAGUAUACCAGCUCCAAGUAAAUUCAUCUGCUGCCUGACUCCUAUAAACCAAAGGCUCUUUUAAGAGCCACC